GCAACACUCCAGUCUCGAUUACACUGCCGUCGCGCGUUCGCCCUGCCGGUCACGAGUGCGCAUCAGCAGUGGGCCACACAGUUGAACUCGCCCGCGAAACGUGCGUAUUUUUUUUUUUUUCGUUUUUCGAAAUACGUUUAAAUAUUUAAUUUAAAAAAUUACGACGCUCGUCAGUAGUUGUUCCUGUAUAUUAUUUCGCUAAUCGUUGCGGUUCACGUGAAAAAAGUUAAAAAAAAAAAAAAAUAAAGAAAAAAAACCUAAAAUACUCAAGCGAACGUAAUACACCGCCCGGUACAAAUGGAUUUGGCGUAAAGCAUUCCUAUCGCUUCUGUACCCAUGAGUCGGUCGUCGAGCGAUAGCAGUGGCGUCGGUGACGACGACAAAGACCGGCACGGGACCGUAUAGCCGCCGCCGCAGUGGCGGCACGUGCAUCCCGUGGCGACGUAGGUAGUUGUAGUGACGGUGGCGGCACACAUGGAUCCUGAUCUGGACUCCGGACUGGCGACAUGCAGCGACCUGCCCAGUUGCAGCGAGGUCCUGUGCCCGGUAGUGGUAAAAACCGAAGUGCCCACCCUUAAGCAGCACUACUACCCGGAAGGCGGAUGGGGCUGGAUCAUUGUGGCCGUAUCGUUCGCGGUGCACGUGCUCAACCAAGGAUUGCACAUGUCUUCGGGCGUGAUGCUUCCGAUUAUCGUACGCAAUUUUCCGCACGCCACAUAUGGAUCAUCAGGAUGGUUGGGAGCAAUGUCCACGGGAGUGGCGCUGUUGCUGUCGCCGGUGACGAUAGCGUUUUGCCGGCGGAAAUCUACAAGACUGACGGCCGUCAUGGGCGGCCUAAUCACCGCGCUGGGAUGUCUCUUCACCAGUUUCGCAACUCAAUUCCAUCAAUUGUUCUUCAGCUACGGCACCGUCAUCGGGAUCGGCGUUGGCAUGACCCGAGAUUGUUCCACGCUGAUGGUGGCGCAGUAUUUCAAACGCAAACGCGAGUUUGUAGAGAUAUUCAUCGUGUCCGGAAGUGGCAUGGGCAUAGCCGUCAUGUCUAGUUUCAUCAAAGGAGCCAUAAGCGCUAUCGGCUGGCGACUUGGGCUCCAACUGGUCACCGCUACCGUGUUCACCACAUUCCUGUUGGGCACGUGCUACCGGUCCGCGUCAUUGUACCACCCGCAGAGACGGGCCAUCCUGCACCUGAAGAACCAGAAGCGCAAGAUCAAGGACAAAAACCGGCACGACGACCGGCCACCGUUCCUGGACUUCACUACGCUCCGCAGCAAGACCGUUCGCAUUCUGCUCGUGUCCACCGGCAUCAGCGCUUUCGGCAUAAACACUCCGAUAUUUUACCUGGCGCACCAAGCGGAGGAAGACGGCCUCGGCGAUUCGGCACUGACACUGCAGGUGCACAUGGGCCUGGCGUGGACGGUGGGAUGCGUGGCGUUCGGGCUGAUCGUGGUCCGGAACUCGGUGGAGUGCCGGAUCGCGCGCCAGUACCUGUGCCAGGCGUCCGUGUUCAUGUGCGGCGUGUCCAUACUGGCGCUGACCACGGUCCACGGCCACCGGCAGGGCUACGUCAUGUUCGCCUGGGUGUACGGCGUGUUCUGCGGCGGGUACAAUUACUCGCUGAAGAUGUACACGUACGAGCGGGUCCGGGCCCGGAACUUUGCGCGCACCUGGGGCUUCGUCCAGUGCUCGCAGGCCAUACCCAUCGCCCUGGGCGUGCCCAUUUCUGGUUACAUUAACGUCGGUUACGGCACCAAGUCCGGCUAUUACUUCAGUUCGGCGUGCGUGUUGCUCGGCAGUCUGACCAUGUUCUUUAUCGACCUGCACCGGCGGAACGUGGCCCGGCACAAGCACAACGAGUCUGGUACCAAGAAGCUGUGCGUGUCCGACUCGUGCCCUCAGCGGCGGAAGCUGUCGUUCACCGUCGAGCCCGAGGAAGUGGUGGUCAUGGAACCGCCGCUGAACCCGCAGGCCGUCGGACUGAUCGGUGGCGGCAGCAACGGUAGUGGCAGCGGUGGUGUCGGCGGCGGCGGGUUCUUGAGCAGUGGUGGUGGUGUCGGUGCCGGUGGUGGGGGCGGCGGCGGGACCAUGGGCAGUGGUGGCAGUGGCGGGCCAAAUGACAAACCCGAGCUGACGUGCAUCUCCGAAGAGGGUAUCGCGGACAUGGACUUACCAGACAACCUGCUCGACGACCUCGACUACAUCGGCGAUUGCAUUACGUCGUGCAACAAAGUGGAGAACUACCUGAUGCUCAGCGAGUUUGAGAACAACCUGAUCGCCGAGAUGCCGGUCAUUAUGGACAGGAAAGGCAGACGGUGGUCACUGGCCAAGCAAGCGGAAGAAGAUACGCCCAGGGGCGGCAAGUGGCGACUGGUGGCCGGCCCUAACAGCAGGAUGAUCACGGUCAUCGACGAGGCCUCGGUGUAACCCAAUCGUAUUUAAACAAUAAUGUUGAAUUAUUCAAAAUACGCACGAUUCUAUAUUAUUAUUACGAUUAUUAUAAUAUACAUACUAGCUGUUAGGUACAUAAUGUUUUGGAUUUAAUCAGUUAUUUUAUAUUUUUACUAUCGUAAUUAUUAUUAUUAUUAUUGUUAAAUAAU